AUAAAAGCAAAUCUUAUUUAUUACCUGCGAUUAAGCUUACUACUAUAUUAACCAAAUUUAGAAAGAACUAUUUAAAUUUAAAAGAAAGUUGUAUAAAAAAUUAUCAUGUUAACAAUUUGAUUAAUGAAACUAAACUACAAAAGUAA